GUUUUGACUUUUUUUUCUUUCUUUUCUAACAAUUCAAGAGUUUGCGCGAAACAAUGGAAACAGGUUUUUCGUUGGUGCGUAAAGAAGAGGAAGAAGAUUUUAAAAAUGAGAAAUCAGCCGAUCAGACGAUUAUCUUGUCAACAGAGAUGAUGAAGAAAGUUAGCUCCAUGGCUGCUCCAAUGGUGGCUGUGGCUGUUUCUCAAUACCUCCUUCAAGUUAUCUCCAUAGUUAUGGCCGGUCACUUGGACGAGCUCUCUCUCUCCGCCGUAGCCAUCGCCACGUCUCUUACCAAUGUCACCGGCUUUAGCCUUCUCUUUGGCUUGGCAGGUGCGUUAGAGACACUAUGUGGUCAAGCUUUUGGAGCAGAACAAUUUAGGAAAAUCAAUGCAUACACUUACAGCUCAAUGCUCUGUCUUGUCUUGUUCUGUUUCCCAAUCUCUCUUUUGUGGGUUUUCAUGGACAAACUCUUGGAGAUUUUCCAUCAAGAUCCACACAUCUCUCAAUUAGCUUGUAGAUACUCGAUCUGGCUCAUACCGGCUUUAUUCGGAUUCGCUGUUCUUCAAUCUAUCUCUCGAUAUUUCCAGUCACAAGGCUUAGUUCUGCCUCUCUUCCUGAGCUCUCUUGGAGCUCUCUGUUUUCACAUUCCCUUUAGCUGGCUUCUUGUCUAUAAACUGAGGUUUGGAAUCGUUGGCGCCGCUUUGUCCAUUGGUUUUUCGUAUUGGCUCAAUGUAGGUUUGCUUUGGGUUUUCAUGAGAGACUCUGCUCUGCAUCGUGGAACCAAGAAUCUUCGGGCGCAAGAAAUCUUCUUUACCAUGAAGCAGUUCAUCGCCCUCGCGAUUCCCUCUGCCAUGAUGACUUGCCUGGAAUGGUGGUCUUUUGAGCUUCUUGUACUGAUGUCUGGACUCUUACCAAACUCAAAGCUCGAAACAUCGGUCCUAUCCAUUUGCCUAACAAUGUCAUCCUUGCAUUUCGUUCUAGUGAAUGCAAUAGGAGCAGCCGCAAGCACACAUGUCUCAAACGAGCUAGGAGCUGGAAAUCCAAAAGCAGCUCGAGCCGCGGCUAACUCUGCGAUUUUCCUAGGUGCUAUUGAUGCAGCCGUAGUAAGCAUCACUCUCUACAGCUACCGAAGAAAUUGGGCGUAUAUAUUCAGCAACGAGAGUGAAGUGGCUCACUAUGCAACUCAAAUCACACCCUUUCUCUGCUUAUCCAUUGGUCUUGACGGCUUUCUCGCUGUGCUUUCAGGGGUUGCUAGAGGAACAGGGUGGCAACAUAUAGGAGCUUAUGCAAACAUAGGAUCGUAUUAUCUGGCCGGGAUCCCGAUAGGUUCGGUCUUGUGUUUCGUUGUGAAAUUGAGAGGGAAAGGACUUUGGAUCGGUAUAUUGAUAGGCUCUACCCUACAAACAAUUGUUUUUUCUCUUGUCACCUUCUUUACCAAUUGGGAACAAGAGGCAGCGAAGGCUAGAGACAGGGUAAUCGAGAUGACAUCACAAGGCAACCAAGUAACCGAAACAGAAAGAAUGUUAAAAGAGGAUGUACUAGCGUUAUUAAAGGAUGUUUCAGAAAAUGUGUAAAGUCACUUAACGUAAGUAUUUUGUCAAUUUUUAUGGAUGUUGAUUUACAUUUGGAUUCGUUGUAUGCAGAAAAGUUGAGAAAUUGAGAUGCAAAAGUUUCAUUUAAA